AUGCCUCAUCCGUACCAGGAGAUGAAGGAUAUGAAAAGGCUGAAGCAACAUUACGAUAGGCUAGGGUUCACUGUCGAUGCACAAUAUGUAAUUCCAACCUGUUGCCCAUGUGGGGACGAAAUCAAGCAUGAUGUUGUUUUGAACGCAAAGUAUCCUUCAUAUUUUGACACCUUACCUGGGAGAAGGUACUUCACCUGCAAGUCAUACGAGAGAAAGAGAGACUUCCUUCGUGGUAUUCCAUCACAUUGGUGGUGUGGAAACCCCAUCUCGGUAUUUGUUUCGAAGACAACAAGGAAUCCUUUUAAAACAUUCUAUCGUUGUGAAGUAGCUAGGAUGAGAGAGGGUUGUGCUCAUCUCUUCACGUGGCUUGAUGAAGCUUUGGUUGAAGAAGUUUCAAUGGUUGAAGCAAGACAAACCACUGUUGAAGAAGAUUUAGAAGCAAUGGUUACUGCAGAGUUUAGUGGAACUAGUGGAACUCGUGAAGUCAGAAAGAACAUUGUAUGUGUAGCUGCUAUUUCAUGGCUUUGUUGUAAGUUUUGGUAA